CACGCAUGCGCGCAGUACACUGAAGGCCUUGAAAAUGUCGGAUGCGGGUUAAAAACGGACAGGAAUUUGUCUCCAGGAAUCUCAAACACGACACGCCAGUUUUGUUGUCUCUGUCUAGAUAUUUAAGAAGUGGAGCAAGGGAUCCUAUCGACCAUCCAUCCUGCUCAGACUGUGGGGAGGGAUUCACUCGGUCAUUUGACCAACUGGCAAGCCCGGCAUUUUACACAGGAGAAAGGCCGUUCACCUGCUCAGACAGUGGGAAUUGAUUCACUUGGUCAUUUCAACUGAAGGUACAUCAGCAAGUUCACACUGGGCAAGGCCAUUCAUCUGUUCUGUGUGUGAGAGAUUCUGCCGGACAUCCCACCUGUGGACCCACCAGUCAGAUCACACUGGGCAGUGGCUGGUCAUCUGCUCAAUUUCGGGGAAGGGAUUCUCUCAGUCAUCUGACCUAAUGGCACACCAGCGUGUUCACACCAGGGGGCAGCCAUUCACCUGCACAGUCUGCGGGAAGGGAUUCUCUCAGUCAUCCCACCUACUGAGUCAUCAGCGAGUUCACACUGGGGAGAGGCCAUUCAUCUGCACAGUAUGUGGGAAGGGAUUCACUCAGUCAUCCACCCUACAGAGUCAUCAGCGAGUUCACACUGGAGAGAGGCCAUUCACCUGCUCAGUCUGUGGGAAGGGAUUCACUCAAUCAUCCAACCUACUGAGUCAUCAGCGAGUUCACACUGGGGAGAGGCCGUUCACCUGCUCAGUCUGUGGGAAAGGAUUCACUCAGUCAUCCAACCUACAGAGUCAUCAGCGAGUUCACACUGGGGAGAAGCCAUUCACCUGCUCAGUCUGUGGGAAGGGAUUCACUGAUGCAUCCCACCUACUGAGUCAUCAGCGAGUUCACACUGGGGAGAGGCCAUUCACCUGCUCAGUCUGUGGGAAGGGAUUCACUCAGUCAUCCCACCUGCAGAAUCAUCAGCGAGUUCACACUGGGGAAAAGCCAUUCACCUGCUCAGAAUGUGGGAAAGGAUUCACUCAGUCAUCCAAACUACUGGUCCACCAGCAAUUUCACACUGGGGGGCGGCCAUUCACCUGCUCACCGUGCGGGAAGGGAUUCACUAGCUCAUCUAAACUGAAGGUACAUCAGAGAGUUCACACUGGGGAGAAGCCAUUCAACUGCUCAGUCUGUGGGAAGGGAUUCACUCAGUCAUCCACCCUACAGAAUCAUCAGCGAGUUCACACUGGGGAGAGGCCAUUCACCUGCUCAGAAUGUGGGAAGCGAUUCACUCAGCCAUCCAGCCUACAGAAUCAUCAGCGAGUUCACACUGGGGAGAGGCCAUUCACCUGCUCAGAAUGUGGGAAGGGAUUCAUACUGUCAUUUUACCUACAGAGACACCAGCGAGUUCACACUGGGGAGAGGCCAUUCACCUGCUCAGUCUGUGGGAAGGGAUUCACUCAGUCAUCCAACCUACUGGUACAUCAGCGUGUUCACACUGGGGAGAAGCCAUUCACCUGUUCAGUCUGUGGGAAGCGAUUCACUCAGUCACACCAUCUGCAGAAUCAUCAGCGAGUUCACACUGGGGCAAAGCUGUUCACCUGCUUAGACUGUGGGAUAGGAUUCACUCAGUCAUCACAACUACUGGCACACCAGUCAGUUCACAAUGGGAGGUAGCCGUUGUUAUGAAUCCCUGGGUUUCGUUUGCUGUGGACUGUCAUUUUAAAAGAGAGAGAGAGAGAGAUUAAGAAGGUGAAUCAGCCUGACUUGCAGCUGGUUUACAUCGCGUGCAGCUUGUUUAGUUUUAACUGAGGACACAGACACUCAGAGUCAGAUGGAGACGGAGGAAAAAUGGAAGGAUCAAAACCAGGGAACUAGGGGCCAAGUGUCACCGUUUGGAACUUUCCUAUGCCCACAAGGGUGGGUUAAUUAUCGAUUUACCAUACAUCGAAUGUGUGGUUGUCACCUUGUUUGAUCCAUAGGAGUGGAUCGGAUUUGGCGCAUCCUGUGAAGACCACUUAUGUGUUAACCCUUGCCGGCUGUGGUGUGGUUGUUCACUUGAAGAUGACACACCUUGUGACAAGUCACUUUCGGUGAUAAUUUGUAUGUGGAUUUGGAGCGAUGACAGAUAAAAUCUACAGCGACUGUUCUCUUGAUUUACCACCGAAGAACCUGUGGAAUUCUACAUAUUUGCGUUUUUUCGCCAUUUACCCUGGAUUACAAAUCUCUCUCUCUCAUCGCCUAUACUGUAGUUGAACUGAACUUUCAUACUUUACCAUCUCAAGACUCUAAGCUUUGUUUCCCCCGAGCUCAACAGUUUGGGAGUUACAUUUACACACAGUUAUAAACUUAACACUGUUAACUUCUGUUUAUCUUGUUUAAGUUGCAAUAUUACAAGUAGAUUCUAAUAGGGAUAGAUUUAGCAUCAAAACCAGACUCCAGGUGUAGUCUAUUGCUGCUGGUUUGUUUCUAAAGCAUUAUGGUUCAUAACAAAUUUGGGGCCUGCAUCUGGGAUAUGAACAAAUGUGGGGUCUAUUGAUCGAUUAAUUAUCGACUUGAUUGGGAAAAUUCCUUUUGACUUAUUUGUGUGUGGAAAUUAGCAGCAAUGGACAUUUAUAAAUUUCUGGAAUCGCCAACCCCUGAGGCAUCUGGAAAAGCCAAAAAGAAUGAAUUACUGACUGUUGCUAAUGGGCUGAAUCUUAAGCAGGUAAGGGGGUGUGAAGGACCAGGGCAAGCAUAAAACUGGGAAAGGAGGUAAAGGAAAACCAAUAGGGAUUUUAUUAUAAAAUAUAGGCAUCCACCCCCUUUUUCGGAGACUGGGAUCCCUGUUUCUACCGGUAAUAAUGUGCAUUUCAAUGUGUUCACUCAGCCCUCGAUUCUCUAAAUGAAAGGGUUAUCCACAUUUGAUCUUUCUUUAUAUGUUGACCCAACCAUUUCAGGGAUCAGUCUAUUGAAACUCCAUUGCACUCUUUAUAACAAAUACUCUCUAACCACUUUGUUAAUCCUCUGCGCGAAAAAAUGUGCAUCUUCCGCAGCCCCGUGUUGCCCCAACCACUCACCUCCUGAACCUGUCAUUGGCCCCACUUGCACGUCAACCAUCUGCCGGUGUUUUCCCCCUAAUGUGAAUCCCUCUGCUCACCACCACUGUGGGCUCAGACAUUUCCGCAGAUUUCCACCGGGACAAACAUCCUGUCUGCCCCCUCUCACACCAUUUUUUUUCCUUUCAAUAAAAUCGCUCCUCUCCCUCCCCAAGGAACUGGCAUCAAACCGACGGGCCAAGCGGUCUCCUACCUCUCGACGACACAUUAGCCUUCAGCCGCAGGAGACGCUUCACAAACGCCCCAACUUCCCUUGGAGGGAAAUGGAAAUAAAUCAAAAAACGGACAUUUACUCGACUGUGAUGUGGAGUUUGAGGCUGGGGCGAGAGUCGAAAUCAGCGGGGGUAACGCCCUCUGGACUUGUCCACCAAUGCGAACUGGUGGUAACAAGUGAUUGACAUCGCUUUGCACCAGAGGGAAUAGCGCAGCCCCUGAAUCCUCUGUAGACAGCUGUGGGGGACGGCUGGUCACAUGUUUAUUAGCCCAGCUAUUAAACUGAUAAAGCCCGAGCUCAGCAACACAUGGAUGACGUAAGACGCUGUGCACGUAAGGGCAGAUCCCGGUGUGGGUAGCCCAUGAGUGACGUCAGGCACGAGGGAGGUCUGUGUGACGUCACCUGUGGGGAUGCACUCCCAUUUAAAUGCACCUUAGUGCGUUUCUUAUGAUUUCAGAGGGAUAACAACAUUAAUCACGGGUUUCAUUACUGAAUCCACUGUUGUGAGAUGUAAAGUCCUCUGUUAUGUGACCGGCUGGGCCUUGUUGGUUGGGGGCUAUUGAUCUAUUAAUUAUCUAUUUGAUUGGGCAUAUCCCUUUUGAUUUAUUUGUGUGUGGAAAUCAGCAGCAGUGGAUAUUGAUAAAUUUCUGUAGGUUGGAUGACUGAGUGUAUCCCUUCCCACGUACUUCCGCAUCCAGGUCAUCCACUCUUGGUCUUCCUGGAAUCAUUCUUUGACACUUCUCCGGACCCACUCCAAUACGAACACAUCUUUUGCUCAGAUAAUAAGUCGGAAGUACAGGUCGGAAUCUGCUCACUAUCCACCAACAGGGAUCUGCCCAAUGUGUUGUAAAGCUAUAAUAUCGCAUCCUUGCUCUUAUAUUGCUAACAUUGCAGUUGUCAUCCUUAAUCAACUCAAUCUACAAGCAAAUCUUUAGGGCCUCUUGCUCAAGGACUUACAAGCACUUAUGCACCUCUAAUUUUUUCAAGCUUCUCCCAUUUACUUUUUUUCUAUGCCAAUUACUUCUACCAAAUGUGCAUG